UCCAUAAACAUUGGGCACCUCUAGUGUGCUAGGCACCCAAGUUACAUGGAUGCAGGAUGCAGCAAUAAGGUGCCACCUAUGAGAAAUGGACCCUCACCAGACACAGAAUCUGCUGGCACCUUGAUCUUGGACUUCCCAACCUCCAGAGCUAAAGAAGACGACAUUGAAAAAGGAGACCUCCCAGAGCACAAGAGGCCCCCUGCACCUGUGGACUUCUCCAAGCUAGACCCGGGCAAGCCUGAAAGCAUACUGAAAAUAACCAAGAAGGGGAAGAUGCUCAUGAUGUUCAUCACUGUGUCAGGAAAACCUAGUGAGAAGGAGACAGAGGACAUUUCGAGCCUCCAGCAGGCAAGUCUAUUCAAUGCCAACUGCGAUGUCCAGAGGUUCAUUGUGGGAUCAGACCAUGAGAUCUUCAAGCUUGGUGAUGGGAGCUACGCCUGGGAGAUCAAGGACCUUUUGGUCAGUCAAGACAGGUGUGCUGACGUAACUCUAGAGGGACAGAUGUACCCUGGCAAAGGAGGAGGAAGCAAAAAGAAAAAUAAAACGAAGCAAGACAAGGGCAGAAAGAAGAAGGAAGGAGAUUCAAAAUCUCAGGCUUCCAAGGAAGAAAAUCAAGCAGGGUAUAAAAGAGAAGAGCUGUGAUGGGGCAGCCACGGGGCAGCCAUGGGCUCUGCGGGUGAACAGAGGGACACAGAGCUUGCCAGGCUCAUGGGUGGGGGCAGGCACAGGAAACCACACACCAGGUGACAUUCUACUUUCUUCUAGAAAUGGUCUGCCAUGUGGUCAGUCUAAGAAUUACUGUUAAAAGUCUUCAA